AUCGUUGCAUGUUGCAUUUCCGAAAUAAUGAAUCAUUCGAUAUUAGUCAUAUUUAUCACCCUCUUUCCUUCCUUCUUGUCCUUCCCGCGCCAAUCUUAUGCAUGUACAUAUGUAUGUACGUACAUACGUCAUACAUUGUGAGAUUGUGUUCGAGUAAGGUAAACUCUCAUCAUUUAUUAAAAGUCGUCCCGAAGCGCGUUCGUUUAUAAUAGACAUCGAAAAAUGCGAUUGAAAGUACAUCUCUAAUUUCUGUCAUAUUCAAAAACUGUGAAAAACGAUGAAUUCGCAAGCACAGAGAACUGAUACAGAAAGUAAUAGAGAAGACGGCGAUAAUCUCGAUAUAUACAACUAUGAGGAUAGAGAAAGGUUAAUCAAGCCAAGAAACAAUUUUGCAUCGUACUCUGAGAAUGUCGACGUACGAUUUCGAAGUACUAUCGACAAUAAUAUAACAUACGGCGGUACAGAGGCUAUCUUGGGUUACUCCAGAAGACUAAAUACAGGGAACAUAAUUCCAGGAGCAACCAAUUUCCUAUCGACCAAUUAUGAGAGCUUGGAUUAUGAUCCGUGUGAAAAUUAUCUCCUGCAAGAUGAAGAAAGGAAGAAGGGGUAUAAAUUUGUUGUUAAAAAAAAUUUUGCCAGAUGGUUUAUCUUUCUUUUGAUUGGAAUUUGCACUGCCCUUAUAGCGUGCUUCAUAGAUAUAUCGAUAGAAGAAUUAUCUAGCCUAAAAUACAGCUGGCUUAAGAAAUAUGUGGACAAAUGUGCGAUAGAAGGUUGUAUAUGGGUACCAUACAUGAUAUGGUUAGUGUUAAAUGUGGUACCAGUUUUAAUAGGUGCCAUUCUAGUAUCUUACAUUGAACCUGUUGCUGCGGGAAGUGGUAUUCCGCAAGUAAAAUGUUACUUGAACGGAGUUAAAAUACCACGAGUUGUACGUAUUAAAACUUUGGCUGUGAAAACUAUCGGCGUUAUAUGCACCGUAGUCGGAGGUUUAGCAGGAGGCAAGGAAGGUCCUAUGAUUCACUCUGGCGCUAUUGUGGCCGCAGGAAUUUCUCAAGGUAAAAGUACUACUUUUAAAAAGGAUUUAAAGAUAUUCAAAUAUUUUAGAGAGGAUCAUGAGAAACGAGACUUUGUGUCCGGGGGCGCCGCAUCCGGAGUAUCGGCGGCUUUCGGAGCGCCAAUUGGUGGAGUCUUGUUUAGUAUAGAAGAAGGAACUAGCUUUUUCAAUCAAAGUCUCACGUGGAGAACGUUUUUUGCCAGUAUGAUUACUACAUUCACCUUAAACGUAGUCCUGAGCGCGUAUCACGGACGUUUGGGAGAUCUUUCUUAUCCAGGCUUAUUGAAUCUAGGAAAAUUUGAAUCGAUUCCAUAUCAAAUUUAUGAGAUUCCUCUGUUUAUGAUAAUGGGCACGUUCGGCGGAUUAUUCGGCGCUCUUUGGAAUCAUAUCAAUUACAAGAUCACUUGUUUUCGUUUGCGAUUCGUGAGGCAAAAAUGGCUAAAAGUAAUCGAAGCUCUCCUAGUGGCGAUAUUAAGCGCGACAAUGGGUUCCUUGAUGAUAUACUUUAUCAAUGACUGUAAACCAUUAGGUAAUGAUCCCACAAAGUUUCCGGUUCAAAUGUAUUGCGCGGAAGGACAGUAUAGCGCCGUCGCCUCUUUGUGGUUUCAAACUCCGGAAAGCAGUGUACGAUCAUUAUUUCACGAUCCUAAAGGAUCUCAUAACGACAUUACACUGGCCGUUUUUGUUAUUCUGUAUUUCUUUCUUGCUGCCGCUACUUUCGGCCUAUCAAUGUCGAGUGGCCUCUUUAUUCCCUCUUUAUUGAUUGGAUCUGCAUGGGGUAGAUUAAUUGGAUCGGCCCUGUCGAGAAUAUGCCCGGAUAGUGAAGUAUUAGAUCCUGGCAAGUAUGCUUUAUUGGGCGCUGCUGCACAAUUAGGAGGGGUAGUUAGAAUGACAAUAAGUUUGACUGCAAUCUUGAUAGAGGCGACACAGGGAAUAUCUUUUGGUUUACCUGUCAUAAUAGUUCUUAUAAUGGCCAAGUGGGUUGGUGAUUUCUUUAAUGAGGGAAUUUACGACAUUCAUACACAAAUGGCUGGGAUUCCAUUACUUCCAUGGGAAUCCCCUCCACUGUCAAAUAAUAUUUAUGCAAGUGAGAUAAUGAGUCAUCCAAUAGUCGCUCUAAAGACUGUCGAAAAUGUAGGACAUAUCGUUGAGCUUUUAAAAUGCGUUACAUUUAAUGGAUUUCCCGUUGUUGAUCCACCAAGUAGCGAUCAGACCGAGAUAAAUUCUUAUGGUCGAUUUCGAGGUCUGAUAUUACGUUCACAAUUGAUAGUACUAUUGAAAAACAAAGUAUUUAAUGAAUACGCGGAAUCCUGGGAGAAGCCUUUAAGUAUAGAAAUGUUUAGAAACGAGUAUCCUAGGUAUCCGACUAUCGAGCAAGUCGCCAUUACUGAUGAAGAAAAAACUUAUACGAUAGAUUUGAGACAUUUCAUGAAUCCUUCUCCUUAUACGAUACAACACUCUGCAACACUGCCGAGGACAUUCAGGCUUUUUAGAGCAUUAGGAUUACGUCACAUACCAGUGGUGAAUGACACAAAUGAGGUGAUUGGUAUUAUUACACGAAAAGAUGUUGCCAGAUUCAGGAUAUGGAAACAUCAGGGAAGAAUGGGAUUGGAUGAACUUUUAAUCACCAAUAAAAUUUAAUUUUGAAUUUUUUUUUAUUACUUUUUUAUAGAUUUUCAUAUUUAAAAAUUCUUUUAGAAUUCCUAACAUUUCAACAUAUUUUAUUGCAUUGCGCAAAUUUUAAAAAUUGGAAAAUUUUGAUAAUAUGGAUAUGUAAACAUGUGUUGUGUAAUUUUGUAUAGAUGUAUAUGCGUGCAUUUGUAUACGCAACCAACGCAUAUAUGGCAAAACUUGAAAGCAUGUUGGCACAUGUAUAGAAAUGUGCGCAUGCGCAAUUACGCUAUAGGACAUACAUAAUUUGCCAAAGAGUAGGCUGUACUGCUUGUAUUUUCUAAAAAUUUCUGCAUUUAAAACGAUACAAAUAUGUAUUUGUUAACUUUAAAGCAAAAAUAGAGAGAAAGGUGGAUAUAGAAAGUGCGAGCAAUGCAACAGUCUUAUGUAUACAUGUAUGUAUGUACAUAGGAGGUAGAGAGGAAACGUACAAUACCAUUUAUACAUUAUGUCUUCGCAUGUUAAAAUUUUAAUUAUUUACAAACAGUUCCCAUCCAAGCCACGACCAAAGUUUAAAAAAGAGAUAUACAGGAAGAAUGACUAAUAAUAAGAGAAAGUAGUAUUCGUAUGGCAAUAUAUACAUGUUAAGUAACUUUUAAGAGAUUUUCCAUUCUCUUGAUAAUAUAUAUUAUUGAUCUUGGAUGUGUAACCUGAAACAAAGUAUUUCAUUGUACGAUAGAAAAUAUAGUUAUCUAUUUUUGUUACA